UAAAAUCUCUCCCUGCCCCACCACGCGAAAAGCAUUCAACAUCCCCCUCUCCCUACCACCCAGAUUCUCUGAAGGGUCCGAUGGCGGAAGGAUACUUGGGAGAUUGCCCGAUACCGAAAAUUUCACGCUCGCAAGAUGGUGUUCGAAAAAGGGCACUCUCAAAGCUGGUCGCAUCAACCCUCUGCCCAAUCUUGCGGUGCCCUCACUGUAGUUCCUCUGCUAUCAAGCAAGUCUCUUCCGCUCCCGACACUCUGAUUAAUCUACCCCUGAAAGACAACAAAUUAGUUUUGCCCUACUAUAAUAUUGCACCCAUGAUCCGUGCGCAGAGAGAGAAAGAACAUGAAAAUGGCGCGUCGACGGAGUCUCACUUAGUGCACUGGACCUUACAAGCGCCAGCUGCAGAUGACACUUCACUUGAGGACGAGCCGUCCAGGCAUGUGGACUACCUCUCUCAUGAGUGGAGAGAGGAUGAUAUCUGGCCAUCCUGGCGCUAUGUGCUCACUGAUUAUAAUUAUAGGGUUAAGGAUUAUGAUACCACCUGGCUCUACGGAUCGUUGAAAAUCCCUGACAAUCGGGCGACCGCUAUUACCUCUGCCACUCUGGGUCGCCUACAGGCUCCAAACUUCUCUAAAGGCCAAAGGUCUAUUCUAAAAAGAAAGUCAGCCUUGAAAUUAAUUUUUGAACGGUCAAUGUCCCAGCAGGUUUUACUCCCAGAGGCUGAGGCUGACUUUGGUCAACCCCUCUCUCGAAUGUGCAACGCAGGGUUAGGUCAACUUGAUCAUCGGAUAGAAGAACUGACAUACCCGGACGGAGGUAGUCUCACUACAUUUUUAUCCCGUGAAGUGGUAGCUUCAAAAGAAAGACGUCAUGUUCACUUCAACGAAGAAGUUGUGCAAUCCAUUGCGAUAGAUGCGAAAUAUGUCAAUGGGGACCUGUGGCCUGAGUUGGAUAACGAUGAGCCCUGCCUAAAUAGCGCCGCGGUGGCAGAAUGCAUACUAAGCAAGAGACUCCUAGGUAGCUGCAACACCUCACACGAAGGCUUCAGUGGUAGAGGCAAGACCAUCAAUUUUCUUCCCUCGACCACUCUCCAACACUGCGGAGACGUCUCAGAGCCCCGUAUUGAGCCUGACUUUAAUGAACUGCCAACUAUUUCGGUGUUCUCUAAGUUAUGCUAUUGGCUGUCAUGUUCCAGUGAGAGGAGCUAA